AUUACUUUACAAUUGUCAAUUAAACAUUUACUAAUGUACCUAUAAACUCCGUAAAUCUGUCAUUUCCGAUAAUUAAGUCCUAAGCAAUUAUCUUUUGUUCAUGCUAAAUGUUUUUGUUUGUUUGUUUGUUUUUUUGUUUGUUUUUUGUAUUUUUACAAAGUGGUGCUAAAUAAAACAUUCCGGCGCCUAAAAUCGUACACCAAUACCAUAGACUAGUAUAAAUUACAUAAUAAUUUAAAAAAAAAACAUAUUUAGGCUAUAAAAAAGAAGAAAUAAAAUAAAGAUAAAAAAUAUUUGAAAUAGGGAAAAAAAAGUAGGGUAUAAAGUUAAAGGAGCAGGAGAUGUGGAACCAUUUGUUCGGAACCCAAAACACACCCGGACAGAUUUAAGUGACGCCCCCAAUCAGCCUUUGUGAAAAGUAGCAAGAUCGAGUAGCUAAAUGUUGACAUCAGUGUCCAAGAUGAUGUCACACGGCUUCAAGAACAGUAAGCAGGACUUCACUUUUGGACCCUGGAAAGUGACGUCUGCCAAAAACCACAUCAUGAAGUCCAAAGACGUGGAACGGUUAGGGGAGGAGAUCAACAUGCCCUGUCUUCCAGAGAUGUUGUUCGGGGACAACGUCCUGCGCAUCCAACACACAGACGGCUACGGCAUCGAAUUCAACGCCAUCGAUGCCCUCAAAAGAGUCAACAACAUGGAUGACGCUGUGAAAGUGGCCUGUGCUCAAGAGUGGCAGGAGAGCAGAGCUGAUUCAGAACACUCCAAAGAGGUGGUAAAGCCGUACGACUGGACGUACACCACAGACUACAGAGGAACGUUACUUGGAGAAGAAAUGCAGAUAAAGGUGACGGAGACGUCGGAGCGAAUCAACAUGGAGAAGCUGAAAGCCCGGGAGAACAUCAUGUUCUUCGACGAGGUGUUGCUGUUUGAAGACGAGUUACACGACCACGGCGUCUCAAAGAUCAGCGUCAAAAUUAGGGUGAUGCCCACCAGUUUCUUCGUGUUGAUGCGGUUCUUCCUCCGCGUGGACAGAGUGUUGAUAAGAAUAAACGACACUCGGCUGUAUCACGAGGCCGGUAAAGACUACUUACUGCGAGAAUUCAGCACAAGGGAAAACAAAAUAGCAGAACUGAAGCACGUUCCUUCAGGAGUUUACACGGAUCCCAACGAGAUUGCUCAGCAUUUGACCCUGAAGCUGACAGAGUGCGAGAAGCUGGAGCUUCCGGUGGCGCUGCCUCAGAGUGACCAGGAAGAAACCGUCCAGUGACCACCCCACCAUCAUGUUUCCACUGGUGUGGUGGAAAACAGGAAUGGUACUAAAAAAGUCACAAACAGUCAUGUAAAAUUAUGUUUCACCCAUUCAUACAUGUGUACAGGAAUUCUUUUUACAAACGACUGUUUUGAGGAACUCUGUAAAAGUCACUAACAUGCUUUUAGUUGAGUGUAAAGCUGGGUAAUUCUGAAAUAGAGUUGGCUUUGGCUUUUACAAUUUGAAAAAAGGAUAAAAUCCAUGUAAAUACUGCUUUUUUGUUUGUUUUUCAGAUAAUUUGUAGAAAGUGAAUAUAUUUUUUUCCACUCAUUUUACUGGUAAUUUGUCAUCUGUCUUUGAAUGUUUGUAAAUGUCUCACGCAUGACCACAAAAAUAUCAUUUGUUUUUUUGUGUGUGUGUGUGAUAGAUUUUAAACUUCUUGUUAUAAACAGUCAUGUUUUUCUUUGGCUGAUAAAAAAAAUGCUCUUAUUAAAAAUAGAUUUUGAAUGACGUGUA